AUGGGCAAACCACAAGGAAAUUACACAGUUGACAAUCAUUUCUUCUCAACUUCCCUUGUGCCCAGUAAAAUGAGACAAAAAUUAUAUUACCUACAAUCAAUUUUAAAUGCAUGCGCCUUAAACGAGAACGUCAUGACCAUAUUAGAAGGAGAAGUUGAACGAAUGUUCGCGAGUCUUGAUGAACUUGAAAGAGUUAUGCAUAAACUUGAUGGCCAAAUGAAUGAGGUCGAUGAAAUAAAUUAUGGAGAUGAAAAGAUUGAUGAUGAACUUUUGAUGAUUUAUCAAAACGUUCGUUUAAUUGAACUUGGUUCAAGUGAAUUCCAUGCAACUCACACCCAUUCAACAAGUAGUAAGUAUGAUGGUCGUUUAAUUCGUCUUGAGGGAGUUAAUUCAUGGAUUGUUUCUACCAUCAAACGAUUAUAA